CGGCGGUGCCUCCUCAUGGCCCGGGCCGGGAGCGCGGGUGUCGGGCGGGCGCGGGUUCCCGCCACUGGCCGCUCGCCGCUGCCCGCCUCAGCGCAGCAGGUUGCCAGGCAGAUUUGGGUCGCCUAGCGACUUCAUUUGGGUUUUCUUCUGCUUAUGUGCGAGCAGGAGGCCCAGGAGGGACGCAGGCCCCGGCCGAAGCUGGGGAUGGCGCAGCCGAUGCCCCCGGGGCCGCGCCCGCCGCUCUGCUGAGGAGAGGGCACGGGCACACGCCCCGCCCCGGCGGAGGCCGCCCCAUCGGUGGUUCGGCCAUCGGCUUUCCGUCCUCCGCUCGCUGGCUCGGCGCUCGCUUCCUCGCCGCUAGGGCUGAGCGAAGGGAGAGGCAAGAUGGCGGACAAGGCGCCCAGCGGCUCGCAGAAAGCCAGUGGGAAGGUCAGAGCAUCAGAUGCAGUACACACCACUGGAUCUGCUGAUGCACAUCCUCUAAUGGAAAGCAAGCUUAAAGCAUUCAGUAUUGGCAAAAUGAGUGCUGCCAAACGGACUCUGAGCAAAAAGGAACAAGAAGAAUUAAAAAAGAAGGAGGAUGAGAAGGCUGCUGCAGAAAUUUAUGAAGAAUUCCUUGCUGCCUUUGAAGGAGGUGAUGGUAAUAAAGUGAAAACAUUUGUAAGAGGAGGAAUCGUUAAUGCAUCUAAAGAGGAGCAUGAAACAGAUGAAAAACGGGGUAAAAUCUAUAAGCCUUCAUCACGAUUUUCAGAUCAAAAAAAUCAACCAAGCCAGCCAUCUAAUGAGAAGCCUCCAUCCCUUUUAAUGAUAGAAACCAAAAAGCCUCCUUUGAAGAAAGGAGAGAAGGAAAAGAAAAAGAGCAAUUUGGAACUUUUUAAAGAAGAAUUAAAGCAGAUACAAGAGGAACGUGAUGAAAGACAUAAAACAAAAGGUAGAUUGAGUCGUUUUGAACCACCUCAGUCAGAUUCAGAUGGCCAGCGUCGUUCAAUGGAUGCGCCUUCAAGAAGAAACAGAUCAUCUGUUCUGGAUGAUUAUGCCCCAGGGUCACAUGAUGUUGGAGAUCCAAGCACAACAAAUUUGUAUCUUGGAAACAUCAAUCCUCAAAUGAAUGAAGAGAUGUUAUGUCAAGAAUUUGGACGCUUUGGACCAUUAGCAAGUGUUAAAAUUAUGUGGCCAAGAACGGAUGAAGAAAGAGCAAGAGAAAGAAAUUGUGGCUUUGUUGCCUUUAUGAACAGGAGAGAUGCUGAAAGAGCAUUAAAGAAUUUAAAUGGCAAGAUGAUUAUGUCGUUUGAAAUGAAGCUAGGCUGGGGCAAAGCUGUACCUAUACCACCACAUCCAAUAUACAUUCCACCUUCUAUGAUGGAGCACACCCUCCCGCCUCCUCCGUCAGGACUGCCUUUUAAUGCCCAGCCUAGAGAGAGGUUGAAGAAUCCUAAUGCUCCAAUGUUACCGCCACCAAAAAACAAGGAAGAUUUUGAGAAGACUCUGUCGCAAGCCAUAGUCAAAGUGGUUAUCCCAACAGAAAGGAAUUUGCUCGCUUUGAUACAUCGAAUGAUAGAGUUUGUGGUACGGGAAGGGCCUAUGUUUGAAGCCAUGAUCAUGAACCGAGAAAUCAACAACCCAAUGUUCAGGUUUUUAUUUGAAAACCAGACUCCAGCCCAUGUGUAUUAUAGAUGGAAGCUUUAUUCAAUUCUUCAGGGAGAUGCUCCAACCAAGUGGAGGACGGAAGAUUUCCGUAUGUUCAAAAAUGGAUCGUUCUGGAGGCCACCACCACUGAAUCCGUACUUGCAUGGGAUGUCAGAAGAGCAAGAAACAGAAGCAUUUGUGGAGGAACCGAACAAGAAGGGUGCACUUAAGGAAGAACAGAGGGACAAGUUAGAGGAAAUUCUGCGUGGAUUAACACCCCGGAAGAAUGAUAUUGGUGAUGCAAUGGUUUUCUGUCUAAAUAACGCGGAAGCUGCUGAAGAAAUUGUGGACUGCAUUACAGAAUCAUUGUCCAUUCUGAAGACCCCUCUACCUAAGAAGAUUGCACGAUUAUAUCUAGUGUCGGAUGUGUUAUACAACUCUUCAGCCAAAGUUGCCAAUGCUUCCUACUAUAGAAAAUUUUUUGAAACAAAAUUAUGUCAGAUAUUCUCUGAUCUCAAUGCUACUUACCGUACAAUACAAGGCCAUUUACAGUCUGAAAAUUUCAAGCAACGGGUAAUGACAUGCUUCCGAGCGUGGGAGGACUGGGCCAUCUAUCCAGAACCAUUUCUCAUCAAACUACAGAAUAUUUUCUUGGGGCUUGUAAAUAUCAUGGAAGAUAAAGAGGCAGAGGAAGUACCAGAUGAUCUCGAUGGUGCUCCCAUUGAGGAAGAGCUUGAUGGUGCUCCGCUAGAAGAUGUGGAUGGAAUUCCGAUUGAUGCUGCUCCUAUUGAUGAUCUGGAUGGAGUCCCAAUUAAAUCGCUGGAUGACGAUCUUGAUGGAGUUCCUUUGGAUACAGCCGAAGACCCAAAAAAGAACGAGCCAAUAUUUAAGGUUGCCCCUUCAAAGUGGGAAGCAGUGGAUGAAUCUGAACUGGAAGCUCAGGCUGUUACUACUUCUAAGUGGGAGCUUUUUGACCAACAUGAAGAAUCUGAGGAGGAAGAAAUUCAAAAUCAAGAAGAAGAAAGUGAAGAUGAGGAAGACACUCAGAGUUCUAAGUCAGAAGAGCAACACAUGUAUUCCAAUCCCAUUAAAGAAGAAAUGCCUGAAUCUAAGUCAUCAGUCAAAUAUUCAGAAAUGAGUGAAGAAAAGCGUGCCAAACUCCGGGAGAUAGAGGAAAAAGAAAAAGAGUUGGAAAGAGAACGGGACAGAGACAAAAAGGACAAAGAUAAAUCUGAAUCCAGGUCCAAAGAUAAGAAGGAGAAGGAGGAAUGUACACCAACAAGGAAAGAGAGGAAAAGACGACACAGCGGUUCACCCAGCCCGUCCCGCAGCAGUGGCAGCAGACGAGCAAAAUCUCCAUCACCAAAAUCAGAACGCUCAGAGCGCUCUGAGCGGUCCCACAAAGAGAGUUCACGUUCUCGAUCGUCACAUAAAGAUUCUCCCAGAGAUGUCAGUAAAAAAGGCAAAAGGUCGCCAUCUGGCUCCAGGACACCCAAAAGAUCGAGAAGAUCCCGAUCCAGAUCCCCUAAAAAGUCAGGGAAAAAAUCCAGGUCUCAGUCACGUUCUCCUCACAGAUCUCACAAGAAGUCAAAGAAAAGCAAACACUGACAAUGUUAAUAUUUUUUAUGAUGCUGUCACUUACUGGAAAUGCGGUUUUGUUUUUGUGCCUGAACAGUCUGUUAAAAAAAACAAAAAAGCAUUCCUGAUUUAUUUUUUUUUUGGUGAAUGCACGUGUUUACUCACGAGUAUUGGCAUCUGUAGACCUGUCAUUGUUUUAUAUUGUACAAAAUAUCUUCAUCGUGACUAUUUCCCAAAUGAAACAUUUUUGUGUUUAGAAGUUUCAUCAGAAAUGUGUGUAACUGAUCUGCUGGCAGUAGUGAUAUUUUGUUUUAGAAUGUUGUGACAUAGCAGAAAUAACUCAAAUGUUCCCCCUUUUUGUAGCUUUGACAAUUUGAAUUAGAUUUCAAAUAAAAUCUGAACAGAAAAA